GGUCCUGAGCCAGGGAUGCAGAGGACAAAAAGGAUGCGGUGGCGGGACCGUAUUGCGAUGCUAUUCUUCCCGAAAGGCAUGGUGCUCACCAUGGCUGCAAUGCUGCUCUUCUUUAUACACCUGCUCAUCUUUGCCAGCGACGUGUACAACUUCUGCUUCACCUACCACUACGACCGCAUGAGCUUCCGCUACACAGUUGUCCUGAUGUUCUCCAAGGUGAUCAGCAUCUGCUGGGCCGCCAUGGGGUCACUCUACGCUGAGAUGGAAGAUUACAAGAUUGCUCGGUGCUUUGCCCUGGUCAUCCUGAUGCUCAACACAGCCAUGUUCUUCAACCGCCUGUCCCUGGAGUUUCUGGCCAUGCAGUACCGGGAGGAGAGCCACUGAGGCUUGGG